UUUUGUUUUCAUAUGCCAGAUGCAAAUAGGUACCAACUAAAAUUCAUCGAAGCAAAUAACAUCUCAUUCGCGUGAGAAAUCGUUGUUCUGGGAUUCCAUUUUUCCGCACACCUCGAAUCUGACAUGCAAAUAGGUACCAACUAAAAUUCAUCGAAGUAAAUAACAUCUCAUUCGCGUAAAAAAUCGUUGUUCUGGGAUUCCAUUUUUCCGCACACCUCGAAUCUGACUUCAAGUAGUUUAGUUUUGUCAGCAAGAUGGGAGGUGGGUUUAGAGUGCUCCAUCUGGUUCGACCUUUUCUCUCAUUUUUGCCUGAGGUUCAGAGUGCUGACAGGAAAAUUCCAUUCAGAGAGAAGGUUAUAUACACUGUAAUCUCCCUUUUCAUUUUCCUGGUUUGCAGUCAGCUGCCAUUGUAUGGCAUACACUCCACAACAGGUGCAGAUCCUUUCUAUUGGAUGCGUGUCAUUCUUGCCUCAAACCGAGGAACUGUUAUGGAGCUUGGAAUCACACCCAUAGUGACAUCUGGACUGGUCAUGCAACUUUUAGCGGGUUCGAAGAUCAUUGAAGUUGAUAACAAUGUACGGGAGGAUCGAGCCCUGCUAAAUGGUGCACAGAAGUUAUUAGGUAUCUUGAUCGCAGUUGGUGAGGCAGUUGCAUAUGUUCUUUCAGGAAUGUAUGGCAGUGUUGGCCAACUUGGAGUUGGAAAUGCAGUCCUUAUAAUUCUCCAACUCUGCUUUGCUGGUAUAAUUGUAAUCUGCCUGGAUGAACUUCUCCAGAAAGGAUAUGGCUUAGGCUCUGGAAUUUCACUUUUCAUAGCGACCAAUAUUUGUGAAAGUAUUAUCUGGAAAGCAUUUAGUCCAACUACAGUGAACAGCGGACGUGGAGCUGAAUUUGAAGGUGCUGUUAUUGCUUUAUUCCAUUUGUUAAUUACUCGAACAGACAAGGUUCGUGCUCUUCGAGAGGCAUUCUACCGGCAGAAUCUUCCAAAUGUUACAAACUUGCUCGCGACCGUGUUAAUUUUCCUUAUCGUUAUCUACUUCCAAGGAUUUCGUGUGGUUUUGCCUGUGAGGUCGAAGAAUGCCCGUGGGCAACAGGGUUCAUAUCCAAUUAAGUUGUUCUACACUUCCAAUAUGCCUAUUAUUUUACAGUCUGCACUUGUAUCAAAUCUCUACUUUAUUUCCCAGUUGCUGUACAGGAAAUACAGUGGGAAUUUCAUUGUUAACCUUUUGGGGAAGUGGAAGGAAUCUGAAUAUUCUGGCCAAUCUGUGCCUGUUGGCGGUCUUGCUUAUUACAUCACUGCACCUUCAAGCUUGUCAGAUAUAGUGGCCCAUCCUUUCCAUGGACUGUUCUAUAUUGUGUUUAUGCUGUCUGCAUGUGCCUUGUUCUCUAAAACGUGGAUCGAGGUUUCAGGAUCCUCAGCUAGAGAUGUGGCUAAACAACUGAAGGAACAACAAAUGGUGAUGCCCGGACAUAGGGAAUCAAAUCUACAGAAGGAGCUGAACCGCUAUAUACCCACUGCGGCAGCCUUUGGUGGUAUGUGUAUUGGUGCACUGACAGUUUUGGCUGAUCUUAUGGGGGCAAUUGGUUCAGGGACUGGAAUUCUACUGGCUGUCACUAUCAUAUACCAGUAUUUUGAAACAUUUGAGAAGGAAAAGGCUAGUGAGCUUGGCUUCUUUGGUUUCUAAGCCUCUUGUAUUCUGGGAAAUGGUUAGAAUAUUUAAUGUUUUUUAAGGUGAGAGGUUCAAGUGGACAAAUCCAGGAACGUAAAAGAGUCGUUGGAUAAUUCAUUCGAAUAUAAUGCAGUUUUGGGAUGUUGGAUACUUGGUGCAUGUUGCACGGUAGUGGACGUUAUCGUGAUAUUUGAAUUAAUUUUCAUUUUUUAACACUGUUUAAUUCCAUCCAAUUUUUUUCAUUC